UCGCGAAGGAGGAAGAUGCGACGGCCAUGGAAAAUAGACGGGGGACUUCUCAGGCCAUCCUUCUGAUGUGAUUAAUAUUGUUAAAUUAUUCCAUGCACUGAGUAGCCGCGGUUUAUAGUGUGAGGCCUCUGCAUCUUCACCUACUGGACGCUCGUCGGUUUCGGUGUUUUUUUUUGUUUUUGUUUUGUUGCAUCGUUUGACGUGAUGUCGGGCCUGCAUUGCUGCUUUGUAGGUUAAGUCACUCCCUAGACAUGUAGCUGGGGGUUACAACACUGGUAGAGCUAUCACUGAAGUAGUUGCUGUGUGGACGAUGCACGAGCGAUGUCUGAUGUUGAGGCCACAUACGCAGACUUCAUCGCCUCUGGCAGGACGGGACGCAGGAACGCCAUGCAUGACAUCCUGCAGAGUCCCACCGACCCCGAGGGACGGGAACUGUCCCUCACCCUGUCUCUGUCCCAGCUGCACAUCAACGCAGGAGGGGGAGAUGGAGACGACGCUGAGGACAGCCAGAGCUCCUCUUCUUCCUCGGCCCACAGAGAGGCUGGGCAGAGGAACAGCUAACUUGUCACAUACUCCUCCGACCCGUGGACAGAGAGUUGCGAGGUGGAUUCCAGCUGCCAUUGUGAUGAAGCCGUUUUUCCAAAGUGGGCUGGUAGCCGGAGGGUAGCACCACCACUUCUGAGGUGCCGAUAAGCAGGGCGCUGACCCCUUAAAAUCCACUGUAGAGGCGCUGUGCUGCGAUGUGAUCACCCAGUGCUCUCAUGUCCCUGUGGCUCUGCUGUGCAAUAUAAUGACAGACUAUUGGCGGGGGAGUAUUUCAGAGUUGGAGGAAGCAGAAAGACACAUUCGUAGCUCUUGUACAGCUGAUUUUACUUUCAGUCUUAGUUACUAAACACUCAGGCUGGGUGAUUGGAAUAAAAAAGAGAAAAUAGACAGAGAUCCUAUGUGAGUUUGGUAGUUGUGCAAGCAGUCUGUAAGACCACCGAGACGUGCUGAUGUAAUGGGUCACGGUAGGAGUAGCAUGUUUGUAGUGAUGCUGAUAGAGAUUAUAUUGCCAAUUAAUGGCUUGUGCUUCCUUUAAAUUGACAAUACUGUAGAGGGAAUUGGACUAUUCAGCUGUAGUAGAACUGGAAAACACCAUGAACAAACAACUUUAUCUGUUGAAAGGUGCGUUCACUGAUUCUGUUGUGUUUGAUGGUCAAAAUCCAGGCAUACUGUAUGUGAAUCUGGCCUGUACUGUGGCAGAGCACUGGGGUGGUGGUGUGACAGUGUUCUGUUGACCAACAACACAUUUACAUUUUGAGUAUGGAUGAUACAUUUCGACGGCUCUGUGUUUAGAAAUAGAAAUGAUGAGGGUGUACUAUCUUUUAAAUGUUUAUACUUUUUUAAUUUACUUUUCUAAUGAUGCCAUUAUAAUCACACCUUAAAUGAGUAGUUUUGGGAAAUACGCUUAUUCGCCUUUUGCCUAGAAUGAGAUUAGAGGAUUGAUAUCACUUUCAUGUCUGUAUGCUAAAUAUAUAGCUGGAGUCAGCAGAAGGUUAGCUUUAGCUUAGGAGAAGUGGAAAUGGGGAAACAGCUAGAAACUAAUUAACAUGUUAUAUUUUGUUUGUUUAGUUCGUACAAAAACUGUGUAGUGUAAAAACAAAACUGGCGAAGGAGGAACAAUUUUGUUUUUCUUGUUUCAGAAGACAGGUGUUGAUGUAUGACCAACCUUAGAUAAGGCAGAUAACAUAGUUAGCUAAGCUAAGCUAACCUGUUGCUGGCUCCAGUACAGAUGAGAAAGUGGUAUUGAUCUUCCCAUCUAACUCCCAGCAGUAAUGUGAAUAAGUAUAUUUCCCAAAACUAUUCCUUAAAUGUAGAUAUGCAAUACUCAGUGGAGCUUCCAGUGUAACAUGUUUGUGUGAGAGUUUAUAUCUCUGUCAUUGAGGCUGAAAUACAUUCCUGCUUCAUUGUGUAAUAAUGGAUACAUCCCAUGAUCAUCAUCCACAAAGACGAACAUGCAUGCACUUUUAAAACUGUGUAUUUUGUUACUUUCCCCCCAGUAUAAUCUUACUGUAAUACUGCAACUUGACUGUCUCUGAUUCUUAUUCCUGCUGAUGAAAAUAGGGCAAAUAUACUUCUUUCUUAUACUCAUUCAAUCAGAUUUUCUAGUUGUAAACUGCCAUGUGACUGUAUAGUGACUCACACCCGCUUCACCAACACUGUGUAAACCCGGCUGUUCAUAAUUCUGCAUGUAGAAAUGUGAAAGGUGCAUGAUUCUGCUAAAUGUGUAGGUGUUUGUCUGACUGCCGGUAACCAUAUUUUCUACUCUGUGUGCCGUCCAAACAAAAUAAAUUACUGAUGACGAUGAUGAAAA